AUGAGGAACAAGCCUAGCACCUACGCGGUGAUGACGGCUAUGAUUCCACACCAACUGGCAUUCAAACAACGACCCUUGCACAUCGUCCUGAUAAUUCUAUCAGUAACAUGUGUUGUUUGGGUCACAGCCAAUUCAGUCAAUUCCUUUUCUAUUCUCGAGUCGGAAAAUGCUCCCAGUAACAAGUUGCAAAGGGUCGCCAAAGUGUCCAUGCUAUACGGAGAGACGAACCAUAUGUACGAAAGAGCGCUACAAAGCCAUGAACGCCAUGGGAAGCAAUGGGGAUACCCCAUGCAUAUCCUGCGGCAGGAUAUCUCGAUCGGAUUUUGGAACAAACCGAGCUAUCUGCUAUCCUUGGUUGUCAAUGAAUUGACCAAGCCAGCCGGCGAGAGAAUGGAGUGGUUGAUGUGGGUAGACGCAGACUCGAUUAUACUGAACAAUGACAUCCCCGUGGAAAUCUUCCUCCCGCCGUCCGACCUGAAAGAUAUCCACCUAGUGGCAAGCCAGGACCAAAACGGCCUCAACACGGGGAUUAUGUUCCUCCACGUCCAUCCCUGGAUGAUCAGUUUCCUUACCGAAACAUUGGGCUACCCUCUUUAUCUCCCUCAGAUUGACCUUGGUCGAUCUGCUGACCAAGAAAGCAUGAGACGUGUGCUCAACAAAACGACGGGGGGUCCAAGUGGACAGGGUUACGCAGAUGGAGUCUCCUAUCUGCCACGACCGUGGAUCAAUACCUAUGAAUGGGACUGGGCCUAUGAAGGCAAAAGAGGGGAUCUGCUCGUGCACUUCCCGGGUCUGGAGGAGCGCCGAUGGCCGCACAUGGCCAAAUGGUUGGAUGUUGUCGAAAUGACUCCUGAAAAGUGGAACUUGCCUCUUGAGGAGACUGGAUAUCUCAACAAGACCUCAGUGUAUUGGUCUCAGAUUCGAAGUGCGAAGGAAAGUAUCAAGUCUGCAGAGAAGAAACUGCAGUCUGAGGAGGUAGUGCCUGGAAAUACCAAGGAGGCAGCCGGUGCACUCAAGAAGGCAUUGCGUGAGAAAUCAGAUAAUAUGGAGCUGGUACAACAGCUGCUCCAGGAUCUUAAUGGCUUGAUCGGGAUGACAUAA